ACGGAGCUAAUCGCUUUAGCUACUUGUGCACAAAUCCUCCAUUUGUACAUGAGUAAUACUCGUAACCAUGUCAACCUGUAAAUUCAAAAGAAAGCCUUAUACAGAACAUAAUGACGUUCUUUAAUUAACUCACUACUUUACGCCCCUCUGGCACUAUGUGAAUUUGUGGUUAAAUAUUAUCAUUUUUUGCGCUUGCUUCCUUUGUUCCAAAUCUUUGGCUUUGUUCAUUUCCACGGUAGCACGGUGAGCACAGUCGUUACUUUUAUUUCUAAACCAACAGCAGGAAGUGCCCUCUCGUGGCAGCUGAGCUUCUUCAGCUGUGAUCACUCGUUAAUGAGAACACACCGGUGCCGGCGGUGGGCGAGAAGGACGCGUCAAUCUGGACCUAGCUCUGGAAACUGGGUUUUGUGCGUCAGAGCACGUUUCUUUCGUUAACACACGUGUAACAUCUAGUGUGCGCGCGUGAAUUGGUUGUUGCGUUAAGAUGCUGAGAGACAUGAUUGUGGAGGAGGAAUUUGAGAUCAAGGAGGAAGAACCGUGGUACGACAAGCAGGACCUGGAACAUGAUUUGCAACUGGCAGCUGAACUGGGGAAGACUCUGCUGGAGAGGAACAGGGAGCUGGAGCAGGGGCUGCAGCAGAUGAUCUCCACCAACCACGAGCAGCUGCAGGAGAUUGAGUACCUGACAAAGCAGGUGGAUCUCCUCAGAGAAGUCAAUGAUCAGCAUGCCAAGGUGUACGAACAGCUGGACGUGUCGGCCAGAGAACUGGAACACAACAACCUCAAACUGGCUCAGGAUAACAGGGCGGCCCAGCAGAAGAUUGAGGGGCUGAUGGAGAUAGUAGAUCUGCUGCAGACGCAGGUGGAGGAGCUGCAACAUCAGGUGGAGGAGCUGAGGCUCAGCCGUCUGCCUCCGAAACCUCAACACAGAGACAGAAGCUCCACCCGCAGCAGUCAGAGCGUGUCUUGCCUGAAAGAGCUGCAGAGCACACAGAGGUGUGACGCUAAUCCUGAUGAACCUUCAGACAACCUGAAGACAGCCAGUGUGUUGUGGCGUGAGCAGGAGCAGGCGUCGCUGCAACAAUCACUCCACUCCCUCCAGAUUCAGUUUGCCGGUGAGCGUGCCCAGAGAGAAGAAGUGGAGCGAGAGGCUGAGCUUCUUGCCAGGGAAAACGCAGCGCUUGAACAGAAGCUAGCAGGGCUUGACGGGUGUCGGGCCCGAAUACUUGAGCUGGAGCGAGAGGCUGAAGAACUUCGUCAGCUUUGGAAAUCUGAGUCCUCUACGAGAUCCUCCACGCCUAAUGCAUUUCACAGCUUUCUGUCAAACUCCAUGCUUCUUCAGCCAGAGGAGGAAGAUGAGGCUGAAGGCGUAGCAGCUGUAGCUAAAAGCCCUGCUGAGCUGAAACGUUGGGGCAGUGAAAGGCUGAUGAAGACCACACAAAUGCCCGGCUUCAGUGACAGGAUCUGUGACCAUGAAUGCUCCUGUAUACGCCGGGCCGAAGUGGUGAAGUACCGUGGCAUCUCGCUGCUCAGUGAAGUGGACGCCCAGUACAGUGCCUUGCAGGUGAAGUACGAUGAGCUGCUGCGGCGCUGCCAACCAGAGCUGCAGGAGGGAGAAGAGGACGGUCAGAGCCAUAAAUCAGUUCAGACUCUGUCCCUCAGCAGUGUGUGUUCUGCCCUUACACACAUGCAGGAAUUUGAGGAAGACUUUCACCAACCAGAGUACAAAGAGCUUUUUAGAGAAAUUUUCUCACGUAUUCAGAAAACCAAAGAGGACCUGAUUGAAAACAGAGGGGGGCCGUCGGCUGCCGGUGUGCUGAACAUGUCUGGUUGCUAAAUUGUCGGCUUCCGGCCGCUACCUUUAGCCCGGAUUGACAAUAAAUGAGGAGUGAUACAGAAACAGGAAUCCAAACACCAGUUUAUUUCUCAGAUGUGGCUCCUUUUGCACUAAAACACCAGUGCCUCACACCGCCACCGUCUCUACUGUGCAGUCACUCUACCUCACUUUGCACACAGCUAUGUGUUUACAACAAGCGCCUGGAGAACCCUUUCCUCUGUUAUCCAUCCUCCUCUGAUAUAUUUGACAUCUGUAACACACUGAAUGUUGCAGUAGUCUGGUAGUGUACUUUAGAUUUAACAAAGGUUUAAUUUAAUAUCCAAUUUCCUGAGAAGAAAAUAGAGCAAGCAAUAACAAUUUGAAGUAUUUGCAACCAGUUUCAAAAUUCCAGCCAAUCAAAAAGUUGUAGUCUUUAAUGAGUCGAUGAGCUCGACUUGUAAUACUAAAAAAAAUUGACAGUGUCACAUCUUUAACCCUAGAAGGACAAAUUGCUUUCAUCAUAUUUAGAAAUUACUUUGACUUGCCCUAUAGUCAUGGGUGUUAAAUUCACGUUCAAGUUCAGGAUAGUUCCUGUAAGAUAUGGAGAAUAAAUCAGUGGUACUAUUACAGGCAAAAAGGAAGUCACCUUGUUCUGGAAUCAAAGAUGGCUCCUGGUAAAGUCUGAGGACCCUUGUGCAUUUCCUGUGGUGGAAAACAAGCAUAAACUCUUUGAGAGGCUGCAACGCUUAUAUUCAUCUUGGUGCUCUGAGUAAAAUAAAAACAACCCAAGAAACAAGUAAUUUAGUGUUUAAACAAGUGAAUAUUUGUAAUGUUUCUAAAAUUGACAAACACUGAAAGCAAAAAAAUAUAGUUAUUGGUAACAUCAUUAGGGAUUAAGUGCUAUAGCUGUAAUUACUGUAUUUUCUUUACCUGUUUUGUAAUGUGAACUCUUCCUCUCUCUCUCUGUGGGAAAUUGGAAACAGUUUAGCCUGCGCUUGUAAAAAAAAAACCCACAAUUGACUCUAAUGUUCAUGAAAGGAGUUAUUGCAAAGAAAAUAUAAUAGUCUCUUGUAGCAAUUAUGUUUCUCAGAAAUGAAAAUUAUUGUAUGUUGUGCUAAAAGACUGAAUGUUUUUAUGACAGGGUUAUAGGCUUGUCUUUGCAGCUCCUGUGUAAAAAAAAAACUUUGGAAUAUUUCUUCAUGUCUAAUAACUGAGCAGAUAAUUUGCAGUCAUCUGUUUGAGUAAAGUUAAGAUGCACUUUAGAAACACACAUUAGCUUUUGCUUCUAUGUCACUUUAUAUUUCUCUAAAAUGUAUCUUGUGUGCUAUGUACUAAUUUUUCAGUUACUUCUGUAAGUUUUUUCCUGUUUCCUGUUUGGACCUCAUUGUCACUGCUAUUGCUUUGAGCCAUAAAACGUGAAACAAGCAGAGAGA